GAUGGCAACCGAGGAACAACCCAAGUCAGAAGAGCAUCUUCCGUUUCAGGGGAAAACAUUGGAGUGCAAAAACCAGUUUUUCGUUGGAGGUAUUUUACUAUUUGACGGAUAUUGGAGGGGCGAGGAAAAUGGAAAUGCAGAUGCUGAAUUGGAACGCGUGAAAUUAAAGGCCCCUAAUCUAAAAAAACAAGUUGCGAUAAGAAGAAUUAAAAAUGAAGACUGCCUUGAUGGGUGGACAGUUGCGGCCGACAAACUCAUUUGCCUCAAUCACAACAAUAUCCUACGAGUUUUCGGUUAUGAGGAGGACGUGGCCAAUGGAUGGAGGUAUUUUGCUCUGGAACCUUAUAGUGCCACGUUAUACGAAUAUUGCGAUUACGAGUACAAUGGACCGAUGCCAAACGAAUCGCAAGUUCUUUAUCAAAUUACCAACGGCGUCAGCUAUCUGCAUGGCAAAGGAAUCGUACAUGGCGAUUUAAAUCCGUUAAACGUCGUCAUUGCUGCCCAGUCCCGUCCUGUGCGCAUGAAAAUUUCAGAUUUUGGAUUGAGCAAAUUCAGUUACAGCAAACAGCUGUCGCAGAAGAUGAAAGAAGGAGAAAUACCUUUUGAGAUGGAACUCUGUCUGAGAAAGUAUUGGUAUUGUUAUUGGUCUUGGACACUGUCAAAGAAAACUGACUCCCUGAAAGGCAUCAAAGACGCCAGCGAAGAUGUUAUUGCAGCUGGAUGCAUUUUGUUUUAUUAUCUAAAGCGUGGCAAACACCUUUUUGGUAAUGACUUUGAGUCAAUCUUGAUAAACCUCAAGGAAAAGAAUCCAGUCAAUUUACCAGGAUUGGGUAAAAAUCAUUUAGGUGAAAAUCACUUUGCGUACGAGCCCAUCAAAAAUAUGAUAAAUCCCCCAGGAAAAGGAUUCAAUUGGUUGCACAUAGCCAAUGAGAAAUUUAAAGAAGCCCUUUCACGCAAGUCAAGAAUUUCCGUUUCGUGUAUAGUCUUAGUAAUCAUUUUCUAAAAUGUAAUAAAUUUUUUGAUUAAAU